GGUGGUGGGGACGGGGUGAUAUGGGGAAACAGAUCAUCGGUCGACAAUAAGAUGGAACGGCGAGUGGUGAUAGGCGGUCACCUAGCCUCGGGACGAUACCCCAGCCGUUUGUGCGAUUUACGAACACGUCACAGAGGAGUGAGAUGAAAGUAUAUCAUGCGCCGGCUGCGCUGAUCGCUGACUUGCGGCUCUCAACCCGUUCCCACGGUCCGCUCGCAAAGAAGCGAGAAAUACUCUCCUCGUCGCACCUCGACACAGGUCGAGCGGAAUACCAUUCGUCGGACACCAAGAUGGCUUCCGCGAUCGACUACGAGAAGCAUCGCGACAGCUCGAGCCUGGAUGGCAAGAUCGACGGACAUGGCGUCCACGACGAGGUCGUCAACCCACUCAGCGACCUUCCGGACCCCGACGCCGGGUUGAGCGACCAGGAAAGAGCAGCAGCAGACAAGAAGCUUCUUCGCAAGCUCGACCUCAAGUUGAUCCCAUGGCUGUCCUUCCUCUACCUCAUCUGUGAGUGUGAUGCCACCACCUCAGCCCAGCACUGGCUAACCACGGAUGCUAGCCUUCCUCGACAGAACCAACAUCGGCAACGCGAAAGUCGACGGUCUGCAGCAGGAUCUGAAAAUGACCAACGGGCAAUACAAUGCCACGCUGACAAUCUUCUUUGUCAGCUACGCUGUCUUUGAGCCUCUCACGAACGUGCUGCUCAAGAAGCUGCGUCCCAGCAUCUUCCUCCCGAUCAUCAUGAUCGCCUGGGGCAUUGUCAUGUGCUGCAUGGGUCUGGUGCACAACUUCUCUGGCAUGAUGGCGUGUCGAUUCUUCCUCGGACUCGCCGAGGCAGGACUCUUCCCAGGCGUCAACUACGUAGGUCGCAUCCCACGCACAUGAGGCGCCCGCUGACAUUUCAGUACCUUUCCUGCUGGU